GGUAUGUGGACUAGUAACUCCUCCCCUCUUCGCGCUGCUUCUGUUAAGUUCUUCCGGUGGACAACAACGGAAUUAUGUUAUGUUUUUGCUCAUUUUUGAGGGUCGUUGGAUGAAAAAUAGAAUAUUUCAGCUAUAAUAGCCGCUUUAUACCCUGAGCUACAACGUUUGACUGUGACACAGAACCAACAUGGACGUCCCGAACCCUCCUGAAGAUCAAGAGCUGAGGAAUGUGAUUGACAAACUGGCCCAGUUUGUGGCUCGGAAUGGGCCUGAGUUUGAAAAGAUGACCAUGGAGAAGCAGAAGGACAACCCAAAAUUCUCCUUCCUAUUUGGGGGAGAAUAUUUCAGCUACUAUAAGUGCAAGCUUGCUAUGGAGCAACAGCAACAUCUUUUCAACCCAGGAAACAAAGAUGUGGUUGACAUUCCCCAUCCAUCAAUGCAGCUGGUUCCUCCACCUCCAGUUGCUCUGUCAGCUGCGCCCUCGAUAGAUGAGCUCAUUCAACAGAGCCAGUGGAACCUGCAGCAACAAGAGCAGCACCUCCACACUCUCAGACAGGAGCAAGUGACGGCUGCCAUCACCCUGGCAAUGGAGCAGCAGAUCCAGAAGCUUCUGGUAGAAACUCAGUUGGACAUCACGGAGUUCGACAACCUGCUGCAGCCCAUUAUCGACACAUGCACUAAAGAUGCCAUCUCUGCUGGUAAAAACUGGAUGUUCAACAAUGCUAAGGGGCCACAGCACUGUGAACUGAUGGCAUCACACCUUCGUAAUCGCAUCACUGUUGACAGCGCACAUUUUGAGCUCCGCCUACACCUCAUCUAUUUAACCAAUGACGUUCUUCAUCACUGCCAGCGGAAGCAGCAGAAGGAUUUGUUGGCGGCAUUGCAGAAGGUUGUUGUUCCCAUCUACUGCACUAGUUUUCUAGCAGUAGAGGAAGAGAAGCAGCAGAAAAUUACCCGGUUGCUGCAGCUUUGGGAGAAGAACGGGUAUUUUGAUGAUGAGACCAUCCAGCAGCUGCAGAACCCAGCACUUGGCAUUGGACAGUACCAGGCUUCCCUUAUAACAGAGUAUGCUGCUGUGGUGCAGCCCAUCCAGCUGGCCUUUCAGCAGCAGAUUCAGGCUUUAAAGACCCAACAUGAGAAGUUUGUUACUAGUUUGAAGCAGCAGCAGACUUGCCCUGCAGGAACAGCAGCCCCCCCUGCUGAAGCUGAAAAAGCCCCGCCUAUUACAACCCAAGCCGGUGCAGGAGAUGGGAAGCCUCCUGUGAUUGGCCCUCCUCCAGGAGACUUUGAUGGAGUUGCACCCAGAUCACAGGACCCUAAAAACUCCAGUGGGCCAUCUGAUAUGCCAUCCAACAAGCCUACGUGGUUUGAGCCUCAGCAUGUUGGACCCUGGAACCCCAACCAGCCGGUAAACGUCCACGUGUCUCUGAUUUGUGAAAAGUAACAACCUUCUUCAUGG